AUGGCAGUCUACCGUGAACGAAUAAUCGAUAGGCUUUACGAUUGUGACGAAGAUAUGAAUUCUAUUGAUAAAGAAUUUAAGAAUCACGCGAAAAUUAUUAGAAAUGUCUUUCGAGAUCCGAAGUUGCUAAACUUAGAUACUGAUGACGACGUCGAAGAGCAGGAACUUCCAAAUCCUCCUCCGAUAGGAUUUAUUGGCAUGGACGAUAUAUUUAAGACGGAAGAAGAUAAAAAGAAAGAGUCAAAGAAGAAAUCAUCUUCAAUCAAUCGCGUUAAGGUUAAACUAAGUAACAUCUACAAAAAGCCUGAGACAUCACCUAAGAAAAAAGCUGUUAAGAACAAGGAAGAAUCACCGAAGCCGCGUUACUCAGCUUAUGUUAGUUGUUCAUCUGUCGAUAAUGGCGAUGGUAAUUAUCAUAUCGAGCAAAGGAGUGCCGUCCACAAUCAGGAUGGUGAAGAAGAAUACUUAGUCACGAAAUAUGAUAAAGAUCGUAGUUAUGCUAUGCGUAAACACAUUUAUGCCGAUGGCUACGAGGAAAUACAACGCGAUUACAGGCGAAAAUCAGAUGAUAGAAAGAUUCAUUUUCGCGAUAUGUGCGGUAUUAAAUGGGAUGAAUAA